UUGUCCUGCUUCUGCAUUGUCUUGUAAUAAUAGCUAUCUUUUUCCUCUCCCAUGGCAAAUUUCUCUGUAAAUAGAUCGAAAAGAAGUCUAGUUACACCAGUUGAAGAAACCCCAUCUGGGAUCCUUGAUUUGUCGGUCAUAGACAAAAUCCUAGUACUGAGAUGCUACGCUCGUACGCUGCAUGUGUACAAACAUGGCGGCGCGGAAGCAGCAGCCUCCAUUAGAGAAGGUCUGUCCAAGGCGCUAGUUCCAUACUACCCUCUCGCAGGUCGGCUCAAACAUUCUGACCAAGGCUGCGACGUCCACCUUGAAUGCACCGGAGAAGGUGCCUGGUUUGUUGAGGCAUCCACUGAUUCCACCCUCGACGCCGUCAGUUACUUCGACAACGUUCUGUCAAUUCCGCACGAUGAACUUCUUUCCGAUCAAGUUCCUGAGGAAAACGAACCGCUUGUGCAGAUGCAGGUGACAAAAUUCGCUUGUGGGGGUUUUGUAAUCGGCUUAAGAUUCUGCCACACCGUAUGUGACGGCCUUGGAUCUGCACAGUUCAUGAACGCAGUCGGGGAGCUGGCAAGAACAGAGACUCUGAGUAUUUCCCCUGUUUGGAAGAGGGACUUUUUUCCGGCCCCAAACCAAGAAUCAAAAGCUGCUACAUUUCUAAAUUUGCCACCGCCGUUGCCGAAUUACCAGCUAGAGCACGCCAAUGUAGAUAUGUCAAUGGACGAGAUUAAUCAGCUCAAGAAAGAAUUCUUCGAAAAAGCAGGGCAAACUUGCUCUGCUUUCGAAGCCGUAGCCGCCAGUUUCUGGACCCUACGAACAAAGGCAAUAAAUUUCGACCCAAAUACUGAAAUGAGGCUCGUUUUCUUCGCAAAUUGUCGUCAGCUUCUGGAUCCUCCUCUGCCCCAAGGCUUCUACGGCAACUGUUUCUUUCCGGUGACUAUCACGGCGUCGAGCGACAUGCUUAAACAAGCAUCGAACGUCGAAGUGGUUAAGCUGAUUCAGGAAGCAAAGGCUAAUUUACCUGUUGAAUUUGCCAAGUACAGGAACGGAGACUACUUCAGGAGCGGAGAGGACCCGUUUGCGCCGCCAUUGAUUUACAGUACCCUGUUCAUAUCAGAGUGGGGACGGCUGGGAUUCAACCAGGUGGACUGCGGGUGGGGGCCGCCGGUCCACGUAGUUCCGAUUCAGGGGUCGAGUAUCAUCCCCGUCGGCAUUGUGGGGUCUUUGCCGUUGCCGAAGAAAGGUAUUCGUUUCAUGACUUGGUGCGUAGAGGCCGUCCAUCGGCAGCCUUUCCUCGAUCUGAUGGCAAAAUCAAUCUGAUCUAAUUAUCGUCCCCAAAACAUUGGUAUCCGAAGAUAUAAUCUGCCCAAAAAACAAAAGAAAUUAAUAACAAAAUGAUUCCACUUUA